ACCUGCGCGCAGCAGCAGUGAUCGUGAGCCACACAGUGCAGUAGUACGGGGCUUUGUGUGCGGAGUGGGCAAAGGAAGUAGGAAGACAUGGGAAACGGAGAGUCGCUGUGGAGAAGAAUACAAACCAAGUUUCAGAGGAGGCCCGAGGUCCGCGUCUUGAUGAUAGGACUGAAUGGCGCUGGAAAAACUACCAUACUCUACAGAUUGAAGAACAGGGAGACAAUGUGUACCAUUCCCACAGUGGGUUUCAAUGUGGAAACCAUCAGUUACAAAGGUGUAGACUUCACAACUUGGGAUGUCAGUGGGAAAAGUGUGAGUGUGCAGGCCUUUUUGGGGACCGCAGGUGUAGAUACAAGUCUAUUCAGAAAGGAAACGUAGUUAUGAUAGCAGGAGAGUGUGAUGUCACAGCGGUAUAGAUGGCUUGAAAAAACAAUGCGCACUUUCUAUGUGCAGAAAUACCUGUGGAGAUACUACUAUCCCAACAUAGACGUACUCAUCUUUGUGGUGGACAGCAACGACAGGGAGAGGAUGGAAGAGGUAAAGACGGAGCUGGGCAGACUUGUAAGAGAAGACGAGCUCAAGGACUGCAGUCUGUUGGUUAUGGCAAACAAGCAAGACCUACCAAAUGCCAUGUCAGUGCAGGAAAUGUCUACAAAUCUCGACCUGACCAAACUGCCCUGCUCCUGGUACAUCCAAGACUGCUGCGCUACCAAUGGAGAGGGUCUACUAGAGGGAUUGGGGUGGGUGAAGACACAGUUGAAGUCCCCCAAACAAAUUAACAGGGGCCAACCACAGGCGGCCCCCGCCGAGGGGGACCCGAGGGAACAUAAGGAGCCAAGGAAUAAACUUCACUCUUCAUGGCUCUCAUUCUCAAACUACCUCACACGAGGAGGAGGCGGGGCUAACAGCACCGAGACCUACCAACGGUUAUGAAAAUUCCAGUCAAUCACAGUAAUAAUUAAUGUACCCAUCUUGUGUCUUCAUCUGGUUCAUUACACACAUACAUGCAAUACUCAUUCUCCUGUAUGUAUAAUCAGUUUGACGCAUUAUUAUGGUGAGCAUAAUGACAAGUUUAAUGACCAUGGAGUUAGUUCAACAGUGGUUUUACUCACAGUCAUGUUCUAAUUUUUUUGCAGACUAUUUAUUAUAGCUAAUCCUCAAUCCUCAAAAACCCAUACAACGCAGUUCUCAAGGCU